CACACACACCCCCACCCACACCCACAGGGAACCCCAGCACUUUGGAAGACAUGGAUUUGGAAAACAAAAUGAAAAAGAUCACCCUUGGACAUGAACAGGGAGCAGGGGCCCCAUGUCUCAAAUGCAAGGAAAAAUGUGAAGGAUUUGAACUCCACUUUUGGAGAAAGAUCUGUCGUAAUUGUAAGUGCGGCCAGGAAGAGCACGAUGUCCAGAGCAGUACGGAGGAUGACAAGAAAGUGGGCAAGCUUUUCGAGGACACUAAAUACACCAGUCUCAUCGCGAAGCUCAAGACCGAUGGAGUCCCCGUCUACAAACGUAACGUAGUGACACUGACUAACCCCGUAGCGGCCAAGAAGGACGUGUCCUUCAAGACGGUCACGUACGAGUGGGCCCCACCUGUCCAGAGUCAGGCAGUGGCUAUGCGCUACAUGGAACUACUACCAAAGGAGAAGCAACCAGUGGCUGGUUCCGAGGGAGCUCAGUAUCGAAAAAAGCAGCUUGCCAAACAGUUGCCUGCUCACGAUCAGGACCCUUCCAAGUGCCAUGAGCUGUCUCCUCAUGAGGUGAAACAGAUGGAACAGUUUGUGAAGAAAUACAAGAAUGAGGCUCUCGGGGUUGGGGAUGUCAAACUCCCGGAUGAGCUGAAAGAGCAAGUCAAAGAAACCAGCAAAAGUCCAGGGGGUGAGAAGGGCACAGCAGCUGCUGUGGGUUCAAUGGCUGCCCAAACAGGUCAACAGGGUGAAAAAUAUGCGUGCUUCCGGUGCAAGCUGAACAUGAAGGAGGGUGACCCGGCUGUGUAUGCAGAGCGUGCUGGCUACGACAAGCUCUGGCAUCCCUCGUGUUUCAUCUGCUGCGUCUGCAGCGAGCUGCUUGUGGACAUGAUCUACUUUUGGAAGAAAGGCAAGCUGUACUGUGGCCGUCACUACUGCGACAGCGAGAAGCCGCGUUGUGCCGGCUGCGACGAGUUGAUAUUUAGCAACGAGUACACCCAAGCUGAGAACCAGAACUGGCAUCUGAAGCACUUCUGCUGUUUUGAAUGCGACUGCGUCCUCGCUGGGGAGAUUUAUGUGAUGGUGAACGAGAAACCGGUCUGCAAACCAUGCUAUGUGAAGCUUCACGCUGCGGUGUGCCAGGGUUGUCACAACACCAUUGAUCCAGAGGCACAGCGGGUUUCGUAUGGCACUUAUAAUUGGCACGCCUCCUCCGAGUGUUUCCUCUGCUCCUGCUGCAGUAAGUGCCUGGUCGGUCAGAAGUUCAUGCCAGUGGAAGGGAUGGUUUUCUGCUCGGUGGACUGCAAGAAGAAGCUGACAUCUUAAACAAUCCCAGCGACCCGCAGUGUAAAAGAUUGCUUUUCUUCCAGUGUCCAUCCGGAGCCGGGCAUCGCAUUGAUGUGAAAUGAAAAGGAAAUGUUCUUUUGAUGCAAAGAUGAGGAGAUGCGAAAAUGAACAAGGUUUUUGCUUUGGGAAUGUUGCAUAAUAAUAAACAAAUGCAUCACGUACACCUUAUUACAGUACAAAAUCCUGUGCUAUUGGCGUUCACAUUCUGUACUUAAACCGUGUUGCUGUGCUCUGAAAAGAAAUGUUUGAAAUGGGAAUUACUGAAAUGCCAGCCCUUAAUGAUGUAUCCUUUUCGUACUCCGAAACACCCUCAACUUUCAGAAGUGUACUUCACAGUGCUUAAAAAUAAAAUUUCUUUUAAUCUCCA